AUGUUUGCUUCCCAUGGUGCAACUUUACGAAGGUUUGAAAUCUGUAGUACUCUGGCUAACCAGGAAAUUCUAAAUGUAGAUUGGUUAGCACUUCCUAGUAAUCCUGAACUCUCUCCAAUGUUUGGCAAUACCUUAAAUUGUCAUGAUAUUAAAAAUCUUAAGGUUCAAGUUCUACAUUUAGAUGAAGGAAUCGCAUUGGCAAAUCUCAUUCGUGCUCAAAAACAAUUAAUUAAGUUUUCUUUAUUAAACAGUAAUUUUUUCGCAUCAAUCGUUGUUCAAGCACUAACAAGUCAUACAAAAUCUCUUGACUAUUUAUCAUUUAAACAUAUGACUAAUGGAAAUGGAUAUUUCAAUACACCUCCAUUCUUCAAUCGCUCAAGUUGCCAAUUAAGCACAAAUGCUAUCGAUGCCAUUGUUCAAUGCGUUAAUGUUACAAAAUUGACGUUUAAACAAUGCGAAGGAUUGAACUUUCCUAAAUAUGAUCCUAUUAGCACCGCUUUUCCAAAUCUGACAUCUUUAACUUACAGAUUUGGUGGCUGUAAGGAUUAUGAUUAUUCAACUCCUUUAAAAUUUUUAUCUAGUCUUGUUAGAACGAGAUGCAAUACCCUUGAAAUUAUCGACUUUUAUUGGAGUACUAAAGAAGUUCUCGAUAUAUCUCAACUCAUUCAAGCAAUUACUCAAUGCACGAUUAAUCUUAAAUGCUUAAAUAUUCCUCUUUAUACGGUAGAACAACUCUCUUUAAUUUACCAAUUCUGUAAUAAAUUGGAGAAUCUCAAAAUCAAUUUAUUCAAAACAAUCAAUCCAAAUAAAGCAUUAGAACUUUUUGCGAAUGAAUCACACGAUAAUCUUAAAGAUAUCUAUAUUUCACUUUACAUAUAUAAGCAUGAUGUUGAUUUUGAUGAAACUCAAUUAGAUAAAAUUUUUAGUGAUAUUUUUCUCAAAAAUAAACAAAUCAAAAGAUUGUUUUAG